UCCGUUACGAUACUUCGCGCGAUACGCCGCUGAGAAGAGACGGACAGCCAUUCAUCGCCGUCGGCCGCAGCUACUCGCUCACCAUUGGGAAGCAGCUCCGUUCCUUAACGGUGGAAGUACUCCGACCGCUGUUGGUUUUGAAGUUCGGAGCAGCUCGAUCCAUGGUACGGAUGAGGUCUACACCAGCGGUAGCGUCAGGUACACUGCACUAGAGUUUCAGGAUUGAAGCUCAGAUUCCCAUUUUCGGAGGCGAGGUCUAGAGGUCCGCGCGCCGUCAUUGAAAAAUGGUGGUCGUGAAAAAGUGGCACGUCUGGAUAUAUAUUCCCGCCGCUCCGUAUCGCAGGAAGACCCAGCACCUCCUGACCCAGCACCUCCUGACCAUCCCACACAACCUCAAUUUCAACCAUACCGAACAUCAACAUGAAGCUCUCCACGUACCUCACGGCUCUCACGCUUGCCCUCGCCGGUACUGGCACCGCCCAGGAGUUCAAGGUCACCUUCCGCCCCUUCAAGAACGGAGGCUGUACCGACGACCUGACGGACGACAAACAUCCCGUCAACGGCCCAGGGAUUGAGCUAGUCGAGGGCGAAUGUCGAAGCUGGGUCAAGGACCGGGCGUUCGACAGCUACCUCUUCAAAUACGCCGGAGAAAAGCGUCCCAUGAAAGGCAGAGUGUGCGACCUCAUCCUCUUUGGCAACGAGGAGUGCGAAAAGGAUUCCGCGCUUCAAAUGGUGGAAGAGGUGAAUAUCCGUCAUCCGAGGACUCAUGGGCUUCGAGUGUUGUUGCUGAGUAUGCUAAAACCUCUUUUCAAUCAGAUUGAUAGUCUGAAGAAAGACGAUGUGUGCCAGAACGAGGACACCGGCUUCAAGGGAAGGGGAAUGUCGGUCCAGAUUUGGUGUAACGAUCACAAGUGA